AUGGACGUAUCUGUUGUGAAUGAAGGCAACUUAGCUAAUACUGCUACUACAAAUACAACUAGUCCUGCAAUGAAAAGAAAGUCUAAUGAUCAACCAGUAAUACCUCCACUAAGUAGCAGACAUGCCACAAAAUCAUCUCGACAGGAUGCCAUUGAUUUAGCCAUUUUGAAGCAACUGGUCUGA